AUGUGCAAUCGCUGUGUAAAUGAGCUGACGAAAUGUAAACACAGCAAUGGAGUGAGAUGUCGGAGCUCUGAAGAGGAUGAGGAUGGUUCGGCAACAAUAGCAAAAAGAGAUGAAUCACUCAGUUGUGAGCAAUGUGGCAAGACUUUUGUCACAGCAACAAAGCUAAGAAUUCACAAAUGUAUUCACACUGUGGACAAACCAUUCAGCUGUGAUCAGUGUGAAAAGGCUUUUACUACCAAGACUCUGUAAAGCCAUCAACUCAUUCACAGUGGAGUGAAACCAUUCAGCUGUGAUCAGUGUGGAAAGGCUUUUACUAAGAAGAGUCACUUAAAAAGCCAUCAACUCAUUCACAGUGGAGUAAAACCAUUCAGCUGUGAUCAGUGUGGAAAGGCUUUUACUAAGAAGAGUCACUUAAAAAGCCAUCAACUCAUUCACAGUGGAGUUAAACCAUUCAACUGUGAUCAAUGUGGAAAGGCUUUUACUACCAAGACUGUGUUAAAAAGCCAUCAACUCAUUCACAGUGGAGUUAAACCAUUCAGCUGUGAUCAGUGUGGAAAGGCUUUUACUACCAAGACUGUGUUAAAAAGCCAUCAACUCAUUCACAGUGGAGUGAAACCAUUCAGCUGUGAUCAGUGUGGAAAGGCUUUUACUAAGAAGAGUCACUUAAAAAGCCAUCAACUCAUUCACAGUGGAGUUAAGCCAUUCAGCUGUGAUCAGUGUGGAAAGGCUUUUACUGACAAGAGUACGUUAAGAAGUCAUCAACUCAUUCACAGUGGAGUUAAACCAUUCAGCUGCGAUCAGUGUGGAAAGGCUUUUACUGACAAGAGUACGUUAAGAAGUCAUCAACUCAUUCACAGUGGAGUUAAACCAUUCAGCUGUGAUCAGUGUGGAAAGGCUUUUACUCAGAAGAGUGAUCUAGCAAGACAUCAACUCAUUCACAGUGGAGUUAAACCAUUCAGCUGUGAUCAGUGUGGAAAGGCUUUUACUGACAAGAGUAAUCUAACAAGUCAUCAACUCAUGCACAGUGGAGUUAAAUCAUUCAGCUGUGAUCAAUGUGGAAAGGCUUUUACUCACAAGAGUAAUCUGACAAGUCAUCAACUCAUGCACAGUGGAGUUAAAUCAUUCAGCUGUGAUCGAUGUGGAAAGGCUUUUACUCAGAAGAGUAAUCUAGCAAAACAUCAACUGAUUCACAGUGGCGUUAAACCAUUCAACUGUGAUCUGUGUCGAAAGGCUUUUACUCGGAAGAGUGACUUAAAAAGUCAUCAACUCAUUCACAGUGGAGUUAAACCAUUCAACUGUGAUCAGUGUGUCAAAACCUUUACUCAUCAUGAACAGUUGUUGAUCCAUCAAUGCCCCCAUUCUGGUAGAAAGCGGUACCACUGUGACUCCUGUGAAAAAACUUUCAAGCACCAACAGAGCUUAAAAUGUCACCAACGCAUCCACACUGGACAUGAUGUGUGGAUAUGUGAUCACUGUGGCGAACUAUUUGUACGGUACUCACAGUUAAAAGCUCAUGAAGUGACCCACACUGGGGUGAAACCAUACCUUUGUGACCAGUGUGGGAAGCGCUACAGCUACAUUGGAUACCUCAAAGUUCACCAACGUGUCCACACUGGGGAGACACCAUACAGAUGUGAUGAGUGUAAGAAGACUUUUACAACUUUGGGUUCCCUGAAACAACACCAGCAGAUCCACACCAGAAAGAAAGCAUUCAAUCAGUGUCACAGUGAGCAGAACGGAACAGAUGGACAAAACUCUCAGACUUGUCAGCACUCUUCCAAUGGUGAACAGUGCUGCUUUGACCAGUCUGGACCAACGUCCAACCAGCAAGGAACCCUACAAUGACACCAGCGUAUGCACACUGGACACAGACUGAAUCCCUGCCAAGAAGAUUUCUUCAUGCAGGGUUCAGUAAAAGUUCAUGAAGUCCUCCACAAACUUAAAGUCUUUGAGAUCCAGCUUCACAGAAUUCAGGUCUAAUUUCUUGUUUAGUGUCUUCGUUGCUUCGUUGCAAAAUCCAUUAAGAGGAAAGCUCUCAUUAACAGAUUUGACUGGUAAAUUAAUUAAAGCAUUCAAAGUGGUUACUCAGUUAAAUGAAUUAUCAGUGGCAGAGGGAUAGAUGUCUGGAUGGAGGCAGUGAGCAGCAGGGUGAAUUUCCUGGAUUACUAGCUUCAUCGUUCCUCAAAUCCCUCUGGGCUGCAGGAACCCGUUAGAUGCAGAGCUGGUUCAGUGAUUCUCUGAUGAUUAAUCAUAAUUAAUUUAGGAGAUUACUGGCCUUAGGAUUCAUAUUUAUCUAUCUAUCUCUCGAUCUCUCUCUAUCUCUCUCUCUCAGGACAUUGAUGAAGAAUCUCUAAUAUUGAACAAGUAGAUCAAAUAAUCUCUAUGUGCGAGAUGAAAUAUGAAGUGUUCUAUGAAAAGUCCAAUGUUUGAAAGCUGACAUGUAGUUUAGAAUCAUUUUUUUGUAAAUUAGCUGCAUCCAGCAUUUUUAUAACGGCACAUUUUCAUGCUUUGACAGAUACAGUGAGGGAAAAAAGUUUUCAGACACCCAGAAAAUUUUUACACCAUCUUAAAUGUUAUCAUGAAAUAUUUGUUAGUCUUUUUUUGUGUGUUUCUAAGGGUGUGGCUGCAUCAGACAGACACAAAUACAAAUAUUAUUUUUGUUUGUUGUUUACAAGACAAACAAGCAAAACUAAAUUCUGCCAAAUUUCUCAUUUUAUGGAACCAGUCAGUUUUCAGUUUUUAAAUGUCUUUUUUAGAAUGUGUUUAGUUUUAUGAUUGUACUAAAAUAAAUGACUCUUGAAGACCUCAAAGUGAUUGUUAAUGCAGUAUUUCACAAAUGUAUGGGAUGUCCAAAAACUUUUUUCCACUGCUGUAUUUAACAACAAUCUGAUGUGCUGAUGUUAGCAAGACAAACAAGUGAAGGUUUCAGGCUUUUAUCUAGAAUUCAGGGCUUAAAGUUUUCCGGCGCAUGGAAAUGUACCAUUUAAAAAAUUUCAUCCAUCUCCGUCCCGAAGGCUCCAACCAUGUGCGUCAUUGUGCAUUCAGUUGCUCCGCUUUAAUCAAUCAAACUCCAAAUCCUACAUUAAAAAAUACACACCUUCUGUCCAGGCAUGCGACUUUCUGAUAGAACUUUUAUCCAAUCACAGUUUUCUAACUGCGAGUGUGCAUCGACUGCUGGGUGCACGAUAUGCUGUGCCCUCUUGGUUCGGCAUCGUCAGUGCUGCUGAGCCACUGAUAAGAAAUAACAGUAUCCCACAAACAAAAUCCAAAUUUGCAAUAUUUGUUGGUGUUUUUUGUGAUUAUAUUUAAAGGGAAUUACUGGAAACACAUUGAUAUAUAUUGCAUAUUAUUUAUUUUAUUUCUGCUUGGACUGUAUACCCAUUCCACGUGUCCCAGCCCUGUGGCUGCCCGGUCUCUCCAGAGCGCAUGGAGCUCCAAUCUGUGAGCGGUGCGGUGAAGAAUCGAGCAGCUGAUCACUGGUCAAUAGCGUUGGAGCUUGUGUUUAGCCCAAAGACGCAAAUACUAAAGUUUGCUCAGACUUUGUGUGACAGAGGAGAGAGGAUGUGUCUCUGCUGAUUAACAAAGAGAGCAGCCGCUGCCGCGAUCCCUGAGCCGCGGUGUGUUGACUCGCCCCAUUGGUGUAAGUGCGUGCCGUGGAGAACUGCAGGAAUACGCAUAGACAUAUAUAAAGAGUAGACGCCGCUCGGGGUGCUGCCGAGAAAUACGGCCGCCAUCUUAGUCCGGUCAGCCGUUCCACUCAGCGCUGUUUGACAGCGCAUUUAAUCCAUCUUAACUCUGAAUAUUAAACUGACUUUCACGCGUUUUUUAUUGUUAUUUUUUGCUGCAAACGUCAUAUGUGUAGCUAUGAUACAGGACAAAUGGUUCUGCGUAUUUUAAUAUUCAUAGCAGGAAUAAUAGACAAUAAUAAUAAUAGGUAAUAGAAUAUUCUGAUAUUAAGCUCGACUGUAGACAUGUAUUUUGCAAACACUGUAAACACACACACACUAAUAUAUGUUGGAGAAGCAGAAAAUGGCAGUAAAGUCAAUUAUUUUAAUAAUUUGAAGAGACAAUGUAUGAUUACACUAUAUAUACAUAAAUAAACCAAAUACUGACUAAUGAACACAGUUUUCUGAUAUAUUGAUUAUAUUGAUACUCCAUACAUGAUUUAUAUAUGUAGUAUGAUUUUCUCUGAUAUAUAACUUUUAUCUAUUAUAUAUGUGAAUGAUGUUGAUACUCCAUCUAUGAUUUAUAUAUAUUCAUUUUCUCUGAUAUAUAACUUCUGUCUAUUGUUUUAUAUAGAACUGUAUUCAUUAGUCAGUCUAUGUCUAUGGGAAUGCACGCCUCAGUGGCGAUGCGCGUGCAUGCCCCACAGUCCCCAUGGUUUCGCCACAAAAUAAAAACAAACGGGCUUAGGUAUUGAAUUAAAAAAAGUAACAAAAACAGAA